AUGUUAAAAAUCCUCUCAAUACUGUUUUUGCGCCUGUUAUAUGCGCACGCGCAAGAGAGUUGGACGUUAGUUGGAAAUCCGCUGGUCGCUGUCAAGCCUUGUAACGACACAGAGGAUGUAUUCAUUCAGUAUGAGCCCGGAAAGCCUCCAGAGGACGAAAACGAAUAUAUAUUAAAAAUUUUAAAAAGUUUUCCAGUGUCUACACGUAUGAAAAUUAAAUUCGAUUCGCCCGCUUCUGUCACUUUGUCCAAUAACGCAUUUGCAAGAGUGUCCGUUGACGAAGAUUUCAUUGUCGUAAAGUUCUUCAAAGCCCACGAAGGCAUUGUGCUCUAUGUGAGAGGUCCCAGAAACACUCCAGUGGUACCAUAUAUGACCUAUUUGAACAUCAAUAGCGCGGAAUAUUGCCAGCACGCAGAAGUGGGUUAUCUAGACUCAUUCAUUCAAGGAUACAAAGACCAUGCAGAAAUUCAACCCCAACGAAACAGCCCGUCGUGCGGUAAAUCUAAAAUAACAUACACCCAACUCAUAGUGAAUGGUGAGGUCACGCAGCCUGGUGAUUGGCCAUGGCAUACCGCUAUAUAUAAGUUGGAUAAAAAUAAUAUAAAAUAUAUAUGCGGGGGCAGUUUGAUCUCCAAGAAUUUCGUACUGACCGCUGCACAUUGCACAACCGUUCGAGGCGUGCCGUUAUUGCCAGAAUUACUGAGUGUUGUACUAGGCAAAUAUAACCUUAUUGGAGGUGAUGUAGGAUCUGAAGAAAGGGAGGUGCAUUUAAUAAUAGUCCACGAGGACUUCAAACUUCCAUACUUGCAUAAUGACAUUUCACUUUUGAAAUUGAAAACGGAAGUGACUUAUAACGAUUACAUACAACCAGCCUGUCUAUGGUACAAGGCGGCUUUUGAUUAUCUGCCAACGAACCAAAUAAGUGGAACCGUCGUUGGCUGGGGAUUCGACGUAACAGAUAAUUUAUCCCCAAAAUUAAAUAGAGCAACCUUAAUGAUAGUAUCAGAAGGAACUUGUAUUAAGAAGAAUCCCCUAUUGUAUGCAACUGUGCUGACAGAUAGAAAAUUUUGCGCAGGAAAUGCGGACGGAAUAUCUGCCUGUAAUGGCGACAGUGGUGGCGGGUACCACGUCUUUGUCCCAGACACUCCUAAGGACAAUUCGCCCAACGCAACCGGAUCCUGGUAUGUUCGAGGCAUUGUUUCACUAACUGCGAGGCGCAGUGACGCAGCGAUAUGUGAUCCCCAGCAGUACACUGUAUUCACUGAUGUAGCUAAAUUUACAAAUUGGAUUGAUAAGUAUGUCCAUUAA